CACACACAGCUACAUGGUUCACUGUAAAGGGACAGGAAGGACCAGAUAGACGAACAUUUGUGUAAUUACCGAUUUAAGUUCGGUCACAAUGACCUCACGGAAAUGUUUUGGUGGUUUUUUUUACCGGUUUACAGCUGUCAUGUCGGAGGGUUUAAAUAGAAAGGUGAAGUAAAUAUUUUUGCUGCCGAAGACUUCUCUCCAAAGCCAUAGAGAAAUAACAGAAAGCUUGACGGAAAAAAGAAGAAAUGGAAGAGGAAUACUCUAAAGCUAUUCGUCAGUUGUUCAUCGACUGUGUGGCUAUUUCUGGUGUAACCGAAGAAUCAUGGACAGAGGAGAAUGAGAAAGCUGUGGAUCAGUUCAUUGAAGACGCCUCUAUCACAACCAUGGUAGUCUACCUGGACACCAAGGUUGGACUUCGGGUGGAGUACUCGAUGCCCUUACUGGGAGAGGUGGUAGGGCAGUUGUCCUAUUUUGUCCGUGUGCCAGAAGCCAUAAUCACACUAGAAACGUUUGAUACAGCCAUACAGUUUGGCACGGUGCAAGGCAACCCCAUCCAGAGGCUGCUUCAAGACAUGACCUGUUUGCACGCCCCCCCAGUUGCCAUUAGCGCCUACAGGGAGCAGAGCAUCAAGGACAGCUAUACCAAACACAUGCACUUAUAUCUCGCCAGCCUUACAGAUGAUGUACAUAAGAAGUUUGGGAACACUGUUCUCUACAUCCCAAUGGAAGGCCUGCAGUGCAGUGCUGAGGAGGCCAGCAAGGACAGGAAGCUGAUACAGAGAAUGGAAAUUGUAAUGAUCCACUGGACUGAUCAAAUCAAGGAGCUACUAAAUGCGCAAGACAUUGUGAACAUGAGAGACAGCUGUGGUCCACUGCAGGAGAUAUCCUUCUGGAAGACUCGCUCUACCCAGCUGUUGAACAUCAGCCGGCAGCUACAGAAGCCAGGGGUCAAGCACAUCCAGAACAUCCUCCAGGUUGCAAAGUCUCUGUAUGUACAGCGCUUCUGUCAGCUGGCCCAUGAAAUACAGGAUUGUUCUCUUCAGGCCCAGUCAAAUCUGACCUUCUUGUCCAUAUUGAAGGAGCCUUGCGAAGAGCUUGAGCAGCUCAAACCAAGCCAAAUUGCUUCCAAGUUGAAACACAUUGUCAGUCUCAUUCGAAUCAUCUGGAUCAACUCCCCCCACUACAAUACCAGUGAGAGGAUCGUCAACUUCUUCCGCCAGAUGACUAAUGAGAUCAUCCGUCUGUGCUCUCAAAGGAUCUGUCUGGACAGGAUUUUUGAAGGCUACGUGUUAUCUAGCAAACAAAUCCUCAGCGACUGCAUGCAGUGUUGCCUGAUCUGGAAGGAAGUUUACCUCCGUGCCUCAAAAAUUCAUCACAAGUAUUCCCGAAAAGGCUGGGUCCUGGACAAAACAACGUUUAUCGUGGUGAUUGAGUCGUAUGUUCAGAGGCUCAGAGAUCUAAUUGAGAUAUGUGACUGCCAGCAUCAGUUUGCCCGCUGGGAGGAUGGUCAGCAGAGGGCUCUGCCAUGCUUAGGUGGUUGCAAGGGACCAGGGUUUACUGGCACCCUCCUGAAGAAUGAAAGAGACUUCCAUCGCAGCCUGGAAAAACUACGCUCUGUUGACAAGGGCAUACUUGAUGUCAAGGAUACCACAUGGUGCAAUGAAUUCAACAGGUUUUGUGCGUUUGUAAAAGAUCUGGAGAUGAAGAUUCAGGGCCUGAUUGGUUCAGUGUUUACGACAGGGAACACAGUUGAGGAAGGAAUUCGGCUCCUUGACGUCUUUACGCCUUUGUUCGCUCGCAAGUCUAUUAAGCGCACUGUAGAAGAGAAGCUGGAGGAAACCUGCAAUAUCUUUUACAAAGAGCUUAAAAUCGGAAACAAAGAGCUGAACCAGACCUCAAUGUUUUACCCUGAUCAUAUGCCCCGGAAAGCAGGCCAGGUCUACUGGGUGACGGCCCAAAGACAUCAGUUAGAGAGAUUCAUGGAGGUGCUUCAGAAGGCCCACUUAAUACUGGAUUCUCAGACCUGCAAGGAGUUACUUACCACCUGUGGUCAAACUAUGCAAAUUCUGGAUGAGAUUGUGAGGAAGAACUUCAGUGAAUGGACUCAGAAGUUGGAUGUGCAGUAUCUCAAACGCCUGGAGCAGCCACUCAUGGUGCGCUGCAAGGACAAGAAGCUGGACAUCAACUUUGACAACGACCUGUUGAAUCUGUUCUCUGAGAUCCAGUGCUGGGAUCGAUUAAAGUUUGAGAUCCCCCAGAGUGUAUCUGACAUUUACCAGGACAGAGAUGACCUCAGAGGCCUGAGGCAGCAAGUACUGCUGCUGGUCCGCGAGUAUAACAGGAUCACAGAAAUGCUCUCUCCUGAGGAGUUGGGUCUUUUUCGGGAGAGAAUACGUUUCAUUGAUAAGAAGAUCCAGCCGGGUCUGACCAAACUCCUGUGGUUGUCUAAAGGAGCUUCUAACAUCUUCAUCCGUGAUUGUCUCCUGCAUGUUGACAAGCUCCAUGUGAUAAUAAAUAAUUACAAAGUGUCCAGUCAGUCCAUCUUCAAACACUGUCAUCAGAUUAGUGAAGCACUUCUGAUUAAACUGGAUGGAAAAACUGUGUACAGGAAUCUGGAGUUUGAGGAUGACCAGAAGGCUCACCUGCAGAACAUUCUCCAAAUACUUCGCUCAGCACACCAGGAUAUUGUCAAUAUCAUGACCCGGAUCUAUGACAUCUUGGCAGAUGAUGGACCUGAGGUCCAGGAGCACUGGGUGAACUACAUAGAGAGGGUGGAUCAUAUGAUAGAAGAAGCUUUCAACAGUAACAUCAAAAACUCCUUGAAGAAGCUAUCCAGAGCGAUCAACGGUGACAGCAAGACUACACCCAGCCCCCUGUUUAAAGUCCUCGUUACCCUCCACAGUGCAGCUCCACUAAUGGCUCCAAAGGUAGCGUUUUCCCCAACUCUCAGAAAGCUUGCUCAGGUUGUGAAUGUUAUGCCUCAGCUCAUCAGUCUCAUCUCAGAAUUUAAACGACUCCAAGAACUUCUCUCCAACCAAGAGUCCCAGAAGGAUCCCAUACACAUCAUUAUAGGGCAAGAUGAGGGGAUAAAAAAGAUUCAGGCUGCAAUUGCCUCAGGGAUGACAGCCAAUGCCAGCCAAUUGCAAUCUCAUUUAAAAAACUGGGACAAAUACAGGGACAUCUGGGAGAUGAAUAAGGAUUCCAUUAUACAACGCUACCAGAGACUUAACCUACCACUGUCUUCUUUUGAUGCAGAUAUACAAAGGUACUCAGAGAAGGCCAGCAGUGUUCAACAAGAAGAGACGGUGCUUAACAUCCAGUUUGUCAUGCUGGACUGUUCACCGCUCAAGUCUUCCUUGGUGCAGCACUGUAAUGAGUGGCAAACCAAGUUCACUCAGCUUCUCAGUGACAUGGCCAGCAUGCGCCUAAAAGAACUUCAUGCCUCCCUGGAAGACAGUGCCAGCAGGCUGAAAAAAUCUCCCCAGACACUGACGGAGCUCAGUGAGAGCCAAAAGCUCUUGGAGACUCUCCAGAGCAAUUUGGCCAAGACCGAAGCUCAGAUUCCUGUCAUCCAUGAACAGUUUGCUAUCCUCGGCAAAUAUGAAGUCCCAGUGGAACAAGAUGUGCAGGAAAUGCGUGAUGUGCUGAAUGAGGAGUGGGUGUGGUUCCAGCAGGUGUUGAUCGACAGUGACAUCAUGCUGCAGAAACAAAAGGAAAAGUUUAAGAGCAGCCUCCUCCUCUCGUACGAGGAGUUGAAGAAGACGGUUGAGGCCACUGUGGAGGAGUUCAGUGCCAAAGGUCCAUUUAACAGUGCACUGAGCACUGACUUGGCCUUAAAACAAAUAGCAGAGCAUCGUAGCCAACUGGAGACUCUGAAACAGGAAGAAAGCACCAUCCUCGAUGGGCUGAGAUUCUUCAAAAUAGAACAAGCCCCCUCCAAAAGCAUACGGACUCUGGAGAAGGACUUGGACCAACUGCAGCAGGUCUGGGAUAUCACAGAGGAAUGGAACGGCAACUGGAAUAUCUGGAAGGCUGGCCAGUUUGGUACACUGCAGACAGAGAGCAUGGAGACUGCCGCACAGGACAUGUUUAAAAAACUCCAUAAACUCCAGAGAGAUCUGAAGGAUAAACAGUGGGAUAUUGUAGAUUUCUCCAAGAACAGGAUUGACCAGUUUAGGCAGGUCAUCCCGCUCAUUGCUGAUCUGAGGAACCCAGCCAUAAGAGACAGGCACUGGAAGCAGAUCUCUGAGGAGCUGCAGUAUUCUUUUGACCCAACCAGUGUUGAAUUCACCCUGGAAAAGAUCAUAUCUCUCGGCUUCAACAUGUAUGCUGGCAAAAUCUGCGAGAUCUCUGGAGCCGCCACCAAGGAACUCUCCAUAGAACAGGGUCUGAAGGGUAUCACCAAGACGUGGAAGGAAAUGACCCUGGACAUAGCACCUUACAAAGACGAAGGCCACUAUCGACUGAGGAGCACAGAAGAGGUUUUCCAGGCACUGGAGGACAACCAAGUUAUUUUGUCCACAAUGAAGGCAUCUCGGUUUGUCAAAGCCUUUGAACAGGAGGUGGACCGCUGGGAGCGUCAGCUCUCCCAUGUGCUGGAAGUCACUGAGAUGAUCCUUAAUGUGCAACGGCACUGGAUUUAUUUGGAGAACAUUUUCCAAGGAAAGGACAUCCGGGAGCAGUUGCCUCAUGAGUGCAAAGAAUUUGAAGACAUAAGUUCUAGUUGGAAAACCAUUACGGGUUGUCUCCACAAGGAUAAAAAUGCCUUGCAGGGAACACACAAGCCUGGUUUGCCAGAGAAGCUGUCACAGAUGGGUUUUGAGCUGGAGGAAAUCCUUAAAGCCUUGGACACAUACCUGGAGACCAAAAGGCAGAUCUUCCCGAGGUUCUAUUUCCUGUCCAAUGAUGACGUUCUGGAGAUCUUGGGACAAUCACAGAAUCCACAAGCCAUGCAGCCUCACCUGAAGAAGUGUUUUGACAACAUUAAGAGCCUGUCUACUGAAAAGACAAAGCUUAAAACACUAGCUGCUGGGAUGUUCUCUGCUGAUGGGGAGUUUGUUUCUUUAUAUGAAAAAGUGGAACUGAACAAACCUGUGGAGGAGUGGCUGUGCGAGCUGGAGCAUAGCAUGCGCCUUUCACUAAAGGAGUCCCUGAAGGACUGCCUUGUAGACUUGAAGAGGAUAUCAGGACCAAGAGACAAAUGGGUCCGAGCUUGGCCAGGACAGAUGAUAAUCACAGCUAGUCAGAUCCAGUGGACUGCUGAUGUCACAAGAGCUCUCAUUAACUGCAAAGAGAGAGCUGACAAAGCCCCCCUGAAGUCCAUGAAGAAGAAACAGGUCUCCAUGCUUCAGUGCUAUUCAGAGAUCAUUCGUGGUAACUUGCCCAAAGUCCUGCGUUUGAAGAUCGUAGCUCUGGUGACAGUAGAGGUUCAUGCUCGGGAUGUUAUUGAUAAGCUGGCCAAGGCAGGUUGCUACGAUGUCAGUGCCUUUGAGUGGGUCUCUCAGCUGCGGCUUUACUGGGAAAAAGACCAGGGGAAUGCAAUGAAUUGUAUAAUCCGACAGACCAACACAGAGUUCAACUAUGGAUAUGAGUACCUGGGCAACUCGGGACGGCUCGUCAUUACUCCGCUUACUGACAGGUGUUACAUGACUCUGACCACAGCACUUCAUCUCCACCGUGGAGGCUCUCCUAAAGGCCCAGCUGGUACUGGAAAGACAGAGACAGUAAAGGACUUAGGAAAAGCUCUAGGCAUGUAUGUCAUCGUAGUCAACUGCUCUGAAGGACUGGACUACAAGUCCAUGGGACGCAUGUACUCUGGCCUGGCUCAGACAGGAGCAUGGGGAUGCUUUGAUGAGUUCAACCGUAUCAACAUUGAAGUGCUGUCGGUGGUGGCCCAGCAGAUCCUGUCCAUCCUGUCUGCUCUCACAGCUCUGCAGUCCAAGUUCUAUUUUGAGGGACAACACAUCCGUCUGGUCUCGUCAUGUGGCAUCUUUAUCACCAUGAAUCCCGGUUAUGCUGGUCGUACUGAGCUUCCUGACAACCUGAAGUCCAUGUUCAGACCUAUAUCAAUGGUGGUGCCUGACUCUACUCUAAUUGCUGAGAUCCUGCUCUUUGGUGAGGGCUUCAACGACUGCAAGGUCCUUGCUAAGAAAGUGUUCACUCUAUCAGUGCUGCUGAUGGCUAUGAAGGAUAUGAACAUUGCUAAGCUGACCUCUGCUGACCUGCCAUUGUUCAGUGGAAUCAUUCAAGACUUGUUCCCUGCCGUAGAAACACCUGUAAUAGACUAUGGCAAAUUGAAGGAAGCUGUGGAGGAGGAGCUUAAUCGGAGUGGUUUGCAGGUGACACCCUUUACCGUGACCAAAGUCAUCCAACUUUAUGAGACCAAAAACUCUCGACACUCCUCCAUGCUGGUGGGCAAGACAGGCAGUGCUAAGAGUGUUACCUGGAGGACCCUACAGAAUGCCAUGACUGCUCUGCAUCAAAAAGGAGAGCCAGGCUUUCAGCAGGUCCAGGACUAUCCUCUGAAUCCCAAAGCCCUCAGUUUAGGAGAGCUGUAUGGCGAGAAUGAUCUCUCUACUAACGAGUGGACUGAUGGAGUGCUGUCAUCCCUCAUGAGAUCAGCGUGCGCAGAUGAGAAACCAGAUGAGAAGUGGAUUGUGUUUGACGGGCCAGUUGACACACUUUGGAUUGAGAGUAUGAACUCAGUAAUGGAUGACAACAAAGUGCUCACGCUCAUCAACGGAGAGAGAAUCUCUAUGCCUGAGCAGGUGUCUCUUCUAUUUGAGGUGGAGAAUCUAGCAGUGGCUUCUCCAGCUACGGUGUCCCGCUGUGGUAUGGUCUACAAUGAUUAUACGGAUCUGGGAUGGAAACCCUUUGUGCAGUCCUGGCUGAACAAGCGACACAAAGCUGAAGUGAACCAUUUGAAGCCCUUGUUCGAGAAGUACAUAGAGAGCACGAUCAACUAUAAGAAGAGCAACUGCAAGGAGCUGAUCCCCAUCGCCGAACUUAAUGGCGUCACCUCUCUCUGCCGCCUCUAUGACUCCCUGGCUACAUCGAGCAGUGGGGUGAAUCCUUCAGACACAGAUAGCCUGGGUAGGAUGGUGGAACUGUGGUUCAUCUUCAGCCUUAUCUGGUCCAUAUGUGCCUCUGUCGACGAGGAUGGACGCAAGAGGAUGGACAACUUCCUACGGGAGAUGGAGGGAACAUUCCCUGCCAAGGACACAGUUUAUGACUACUACGUGGACCCAAAGAACAAAUGCUGGGCUUCAUUUGAAGAUAAAUUGCCAAAAGGCUGGCGCUACAAUGCUUCAGCUCCAUUCUAUAAGAUUAUGGUUCCAACUGUGGACACCGUUCGCUAUAACUUACUGGUUAAGGCUCUGGUGUUGAAACACUACCCUGUGCUGCUCACUGGGCCAGUGGGCACUGGUAAAACUUCAGUGGCUCAGAGUAUUCUGCAGGGCUUAGAUAACAAAUGGAAAACCCUUACCAUCAACAUGUCUUCACAGACCACCUCUAACAACAUCCAGGACAUUAUAGAGAGUCGCAUAGAAAAGAGAACCAAAGGCGUGUAUGUGCCAGCAGGUGGGAAACACCUGCUAUGUUUCCUAGAUGACCUCAACAUGCCGGCUCAUGACCUCUUUGGCUCCCAGCCACCCCUGGAGCUUCUGCGCCUAUGGAUUGACUAUGGCUUCUGGUAUGAUCGCAAGAAACAGACCCUAAAGGUUGUCAAGGACAUGUUCUUGCUAGCAUCAAUGGGGCCCCCUGGUGGUGGGAGGACUCGCAUCACGCCGCGUUUUCAGAGUCGAUUCAACCUCAUUAAUAUGACUUUCCCUAAUGCCUCCCAGAUCAAGUGCAUCUACAGUGCCAUGAUCAACCAAAAGCUCCAGGAGUUUAAGGAGGAGCUGAAGCCCAUUGGAAAGCUUCUCACUCAGGCAACCUUAGAGCUGUAUAAUGGCGUCACUGCCUUUUUUCUUCCCACUCCAGCCAAGAUACAUUACCUCUUCAACCUCAGGGACAUCUCCAAGGUGUUUCAAGGUUUACUAAGAGCUCAUCCAGACUUCCAUGAUACCAAAACCAACAUUACUAGACUGUGGAUCCAUGAAUGUUUCAGGGUUUUCUCAGAUCGGCUUGUAAACCACAGUGAUAUGGAUACCUUUAUUUCUCUCCUAGAGGAAAAACUGGGUUCACUCUUUGACUUCACCUUCCACAGCAUCUGCCCGAACAAGCAACUGCCAAUAUUUGGUGAUUUCAUGAGUGAGUCGUCUGUCUAUGAGGACCUGCAUGACAUGAAGAGUCUCAAGAAGUUCAUGGAAACACAGCAAGAGGACUACAACCUGACACCUGGCGUGGUGCCUACAAACCUGGUGCUCUUCAGAGAUGCCAUCGAACACAUUACUCGGAUCAUUCGAGUGAUCAGUCAGCUCAGGGGCAACAUGCUGGUGGUAGGUGUCGGGGGCUCAGGUCGGCGAAGCCUGUCUAAGAUAGCUGCCUUCAUAUGUCAGUACCAGGUAUUCCAAGUGGAAGUCACCAAGCAGUACCGCAAACUGGAGUUUAGAGAGGACAUCAAGAAGCUGUACCGUUUGGCGGGUGUGGACAACAAGCCCACAGUCUUUCUGUUCAAUGACACCCAGAUUGUUGACGAAUCCUUCCUAGAGGAUAUCAAUAACAUCCUGAGUUCAGGAGAGGUGCCUAACCUAUAUAAGCCAGACGAGUUUGUAGAGGUAUGCAAUGCUCUUUCAGAGUCUGCCAGGAAAGACAAUGUGGCUGAGACUCCUGACUCAUUGUUCAGCUACCUGAUCGAGCGAGUCAGGAACAACCUGCACAUUGUGCUCUGUUUGAGUCCAGUGGGAGAGCCAUUCAGGAACCGCAUCCUCCAGUACCCAGCUCUUGUUAACUGCACCACUAUAGACUGGUUCUGUGAAUGGCCCAAAGAUGCCCUCCUGGAGGUUGCUGAGAGGUACUUGGACGGAAUGGCGCUGGGCUCAGUGGAAGGGAUCCAGACAAAGGUUGCCAGUAUCUUUGUGACCACACACCAGUCAGUAGCACAAGUCUCCCAAAGAAUGAAACUGGAGCUGAGGAGACAAAAUUAUGUGACACCAACAAACUACCUGGAGCUGGUGUCUGGAUACAAGAAACUGCUGGCGGAGAAACGCGGUGAGUUGGGAGAGCAGGUGAGCAAGCUGCGUAACGGCCUUCUGAAAAUCAGUGAAACGAGGGAGAAAGUGGAGGCCAUGUCUCUAGAGCUCGAGGAGGCCAAAAAGCAAGUUGCCGAGUUCCAGAAACAGUGUGAUGAAUAUUUGUCCGUCAUUGUGCAACAAAAGAAAGAAGCCGACAGCCAACAGAAGACGGUGAGUGAUGAAAAUGAGAAAAUCGGGGCAGAAGAGUUGCAGUGUAAAGCCAUGGCUGAGAAUGCACAGAGAGACCUGGACGAGGCCCUGCCUGCCCUGGAAGAAGCCAUGAAGGCUCUGGAGUCUCUGAAUAAGAAGGACAUGACAGAGAUCAAAUCAUACGGCCGUCCUCCUGCACUGGUGGAGACAGUGAUGCAUGCUGUUAUGACCCUUCUGGAGAAAGAGCCAACCUGGGCAGAAGCCAAGAGACAGCUGGGUGAGGGCAACUUCAUCAAAACAUUGGUUCAUUUUGACAAAGAUAAUAUAUCAGACCGUGUUUUGAAGAAGAUUGGCCUGUACUGCAAGCAAGUGGACUUCCAGCCAGAGAUCAUCGGCAAAGUAUCGCUGGCUGCCAAGUCACUCUGUAUGUGGGUCAGAGCCAUGGAGGUGUACGGUCGUGUCUACAGGGUAGUAGAACCAAAGCGUGCCCAGCUGAAUGCUGCCAUGGCCCAGCUAGCAGAGAAGCAGGCCGCGCUGGCCGAGGCUCAAAACAAACUACGAGCGCUGGGGGAAAAAUUGGAGCAGCUGAAAAAGCAGCACAGUGAAAAGCUGGCCAUGAAGGAGAGUUUGAGAAAGAAAUCAGAGGAGAUGGAGGUGAAACUGGACCGUGCUGGAAAACUGGUGACUGGACUUGCUGGAGAGAGGGUCCGCUGGGAGGAGAGAGUUGUUGGCCUUGAAGAAAAUAUGGGGUAUCUGGUGGGAGACUGUUUGCUGGCAGCUUCUUUUCUCUCAUACAUGGGCCCCUUCCUUUCCAACUAUAGAGAGGAGUUGCUUCAAAUCUGGAUGAAGGAGGUAAAGGGCUUAGGGAUCGCAUGUACACCAGGAUUCAGUUUUGCAGUUUUUACGUCCAAACCCACAGUGGUGAGAGACUGGAACAUCCAGGGCCUGCCCACUGAUGCUUUUUCUACUGAGAACGGAAUUAUAGUCACCCGUGGAAACCGAUGGCCACUGAUGGUGGACCCUCAAGGCCAAGCUUUGAAGUGGAUUAAAAAGAUGGAGCUAUCAAGGGGUCUCAAAGUAAUCGAUUUUCAAAUGCCAGACUACCUGCGGGUGCUGGAGAAUGCCAUCCAGUUUGGGAAUCCUGUUUUGCUGCAGAAUGUCCAGGAGGAAUUGGACCCCUCUCUCAACCCAAUUCUCAACAAGUCCCUGACAUGUAUAGGUGGCAGGUUGCUGUUGAAGCUGGGUGAUAAGGAGGUGGAGUACAGUGCUGAGUUCCGCUUCUAUAUCACCACCAAGCUGUCUAACCCCCACUACACCCCAGAGAUUUCUGCAAUGACCACUAUAGUAAACUUUGCUGUUAAGGAGCAGGGUUUAGAAGCCCAACUGCUGGGAAUUGUGGUGCGUAAAGAGCGUCCAGAGCUGGAAGAGCAGAAAGACUCUUUGGUGAUUAGCAUUGCCUCUGGCAAGAAGAGCCUGCAGGACCUGGAGGAUGAGAUUCUCAGACUGCUGAAUGAGUCAACUGGCUCGCUGCUGGACGAUGUGCAGCUGGUAAACACCCUGCAGGCAUCCAAAGUGACAGCCACUGAAGUUUCAAAACAGCUGGAAAGCAGUGAACAGACCGAGCUCAAGAUCGACUCUGCAAGAGAGGCCUACCGUCCAUGUGCUGAGCGAGCCUCUAUUCUCUUCUUCAUUCUAAGUGACAUGGGCCGCAUUGACCCCAUGUACCAGUUCUCAUUGGAUGCCUACAUUAACCUGUUUAACCUCAGCAUAGAAAAGAGCAAGCGCAGCCAGAAGCUGGAGGAGAGGAUCACCAACCUCAAUGAUUAUCACACAUACGCAGUGUACAAGUACACGUGUCGUGGUCUGUUUGAGGCUCACAAGCUGCUCUUCAGCUUCCAGAUGUGUGCCAAAAUUCUGGAGGUGGCCGGAAAACUCAACAUGGAUCAGUAUAACUUCUUGCUUCGAGGUGGAAUUGUUCUUGAUAAGAAGGGGCAGAUGGAUAACCCAUUUACCAGCUGGUUGGCAGACUCCAGCUGGGACAACAUCACACAGUUGGAUAAGCUGCCCGGCUUCCGUGGCAUCGUGUCCUCCUUUGAACAAUCCUCUCGAGACUGGAACGUUUGGUUCACCAGCUCUGAGCCAGAGAAUGCUCCACUUCCAGGUGAUUGGGAGAGUAAGUGUAAUGAGUUCCAGAAAAUGCUGAUAGUGCGUGCUAUGCGUCCCGACCGUGUCUCUUUCUGCAUUACCUCCUUCAUCAUUAAACACCUCGGCUCUCGCUUUGUGGAACCACCUGUACUCGACAUGAAAUCAGUUGUGGAGGAAUCAACUAGCUGUACUCCUCUGAUCUUUGUUCUGUCUCCCGGGGUGGACCCUACAGGCGCUCUGCUGCAGCUAGCUGAGGCUUCUGGGAUGAGCAACCACUUCCAGGCUCUGUCUCUGGGCCAGGGACAGGCUCCCAUUGCCAAGAGCAUGAUAGAGGAGGGCAUUAAGAACGGUCAUUGGGUGUUCCUGGCCAACUGUCACCUGUCUCUGUCAUGGAUGCCUGAGCUGGACAAGCUGAUUAAGCAGCUACAGCUGCAGAAGCCCCACCCAGACUUCAGGCUCUGGCUCAGUUCUUCACCACACCCUGAUUUUCCCAUUACCAUCCUUCAGGCUGGCAUCAAGAUGACCACUGAACCACCGAAGGGUGUUAAAGCCAACAUGAAGCGUCUUUACCAGCUGGUGACAGAAGCUCAAUUCAACAGCUGCAAUAAACCCGCGUUCUACAGGAAGCUCCUCUUCUCCCUCUGCUUUUUCCACAGCAUCCUUCUGGAAAGGAAGAAGUUUCUACAGAUGGGCUGGAACAUUGUGUAUGGCUUUAAUGAUUCUGACUUUGAGGUGAGUGAGAAACUGCUCAGUCUGUACCUGAAUGAUUAUGAGGAGAUUCCCUGGGAUGCACUCAAGUACCUCAUUGCUGGGGUCAACUAUGGAGGUCACGUCACCGAUGACUGGGACAGACGUCUUCUGACCACAUACAUCAAUGACUACUUCUGUGACGCUGUCAUAAACCAGCCAUUCUUCAAGUUAUCAACUUUAACCAACUAUUACAUCCCCCGUGACGGUUCCCAGGCUUUAUACAAGGAAUAUAUCGACAGGAUGCCAUCCACAGAGCAUCCAGAACUAUUUGGCCAGCACUCUAAUGCUGACAUUGCAAGCCAGAUCGCUGAGACUAAGACAGUGUUUGACACCCUGCUCUCCCUGCAGCCCCAGGUUACCAGCAAGACUGCUGCUGGGGGUAGUAGAGAAGAUAAGGUAUUAGAGCUGUUGACAGAUGUUCGUGUAAAGAUCCCAAAAUACAUUGAAUGCGAGGGCACGAGAACCCUCUUGUUGGACAACCCUUCACCUCUUAAUGUGGUCUUGCUGCAAGAGAUCCAGAGAUACAACUCACUGCUGAGCACCAUUAAAUCAUCUCUGGUGGAACUGGAGAAAGGGAUCAAAGGCUUAGUAGUGAUGUCACCCAGCUUGGAGGAGAUCUUCAACUGUAUCCAUGAUGCCCGUGUACCAUCGCUGUGGGAGAAGGCAUACCCCUCACUGAAACCCCUGGCAGCGUGGACCAGGGAUCUUUGCCAGCGAGUCGAUCAGUUUGCACGCUGGGCACAGACGACCCAGCCCCCCAACUUGUUCUGGCUGUCCGGUUUCACCUUUCCCAACGGUUUCCUCACUGCUGUUCUGCAGUCAUCAGCUCGACAACGCAACAUAUCAGUAGACAUGCUGUCCUGGGAGUUUAUAGUGUCCACUGUAGAUGACAGCAAGCUCCUUUACCCACCAAAGGACGGAGUCUUCGUCAGAGGUUUGUAUUUAGAGGGAGCGGGUUGGGACAAGAACAACUCCUGUUUGGUGGAAGCUAAACCCAUGCAGAUGGUCUGUCCUAUACCCACCAUCCACUUCAAACCAGUGGAAAACCGCAAGAAGAUGGCCAAGAGUACGUACCUGUGUCCGUGUUACUACUACCCGGUGCGUGCUGGUGGGGCAGGCCGAGCGUCUUUUGUUGUGGGCGUUGAACUUAAAUCUGGAGCUGUGACUCCAGAGCACUGGAUCAAGAGAGGAACUGCUCUUCUCAUGAGCCUGGACAACUGAAGGCUUUAACAAUCACGCACACACUGACUGUAAAACGUUGUUUCUGUGCAAGGUUCAGGUAUUCAUUGUGUAGUAGUUCUUAUUUAAUUUUUUUAUCAUCUGUUUUUGUGGCUGAAAUGAUUUCAAACGUGAGUUCUACAGUAAAGUGAAUUCUAUAUAAAGUAGGAUUUUACACCUGA